AUGGCCAAAGAUACGACUAUGACUAUUAUCUCGCAAAGCACAACCAUUGCGAAGGACUUGCUUAGUGACAACAACCCUGACAAAUGGACGGCCGAGAAGCACGACGAGUUCUCUAAUUACAUGGGCCAAAGUAUCGCUGCCUGGGGCAACAUUACCGAGAAGUCACUAUCAAAGUUAUUCGAUGGGUCUGACGACUCGCUCAACCACCUAACAGACCUCAUCUCAGACAGUAAGCUCAUCGAAGGCAAAGGGAUGGCACCACCUGGCCCAGAUGCCCCGGCCGAGAGCGUAAGCGCACUCCGAGCCAGCAUCAGCAAAGCCUUCUUUGGAUUCGCCAUCCCGUCCAUCUGGACCGUCUCGGGCACGUACGCGUCCAACAUUAACUUGGGCUACGACUGUGGCACCAUCGACCCAAUGGGCGAUUAUAUGGACACGGAUACGUUGCACGCGACGGCAGGCUGCUACGGUGGGAAGCUCCACUACCUUGCCAGCCCGAAGGGGGAUGCGUCGACCUGCACCGAGGGACGGUGCUUUGAUAACAAAUUCUCUACCCCGCCGGGCAUCGACUCCCUGGACGGAAAGGACUCCGGGGGUAUCACCGUGGGUGAUCUCAUUACGGGAUCGGUCCGCACGGACCAGCAAAACGGCAACCAAAACGGUGGCGCCGCCGCUGACCCCAGCAACAGCGGGACACUGGAGGACCUCUACAAUCAGGACAUCACAACCCCCGGCUUCAUCCGCCUGCCCGUGUGCAGCGCCGACUUUGCCUUCAAGGCCAGGGACCAGUCCGGAGGGCCAUACACCAACACCAGCGAUGCGUCCGUGAACGUGUCGGACUGCAUGCAGAUUGUGAAGAACUUCCAAAACACGGACGGCGAUUGGGAGGUCGAGAAUGCGAUCGGCAAUCAGCACCAGCUUGUGCACUUUGGCCCGUGCGCCUUUGGGGUCCAGGGCCAGGGGAAGAACGGCAACGUUGCCUUCAACAUCGGUGCUCAGGACAUUGUGGAUAUCAUUACUGAUUCGGUCAGACAGUUUGGGGGUUCUAGUAAGGUUGGUGCGAAGGGGGUGAUGUCUUGUGAUGGAACAGCCAAGGGGCAGCAGGUUGAAUGGGGGUUGUAUUAG